AAUAUGAAUGAUUUUAUCGUUUUAUUUUUUUUAACUUAACUUUAUUGACAAAGACAGGAAGUGCAUUGUGGGUAAAGGUUGCAUCCCAGCGUCCUUUGCGUUGCUCAGAAAGAGGUCAUUUUUUCCCCCCGUCGAAGAGGACGUAGCGAGAUUUACCAAGGACUCGAGCAAAAAUGUCUGAAACCAUUCAGGAAAAGAUUAAAACCUACAGGACGGCUCCUUUCGACGCCCGCUUCCCCAACACUAACCAGACCCGCAACUGUUACCAGAACUACCUGGACUUCCAUAGGUGCAACAAGGCCUUGUCAUCCAAAGGCCAGGAUGUGACUCCAUGCGAGUGGUACCAGAGGGUUUACAAGAGCCUCUGCCCCAUGAGCUGGGUGUCAAAAUGGGACGAACAAAUUGAAAAUGGAAAUUUCCCUGGAAAGAUCUGAAGUCACUUCUUGUUACCAGUGAGGGUGUAACCUUUACCACUGUAGUGUGCCUACCGACCUCUCCAGAACCAUCUGACAUUAACAUGAAUUCGUAUGUAAAGCUCAAAGCACGCACAAAUUAUCAUAGUGAAGUUCUGAAAUGUAUUUAGAUUUUCUCCAAAAAUUUGGCGUUGUUUUAAUAUUCACAAGUUAGGCAAGAAAAAAUUGUUUUUGCUGACAUUUAAAAACCUUUUGAACUGGCAUAAACUCAUGAGCCUGUUAUUGUCAUUUCAGUACACUAUUGACCUCAGCCGAUAUUUACCUGAGCUCAAGUAAAUAUCCUUACUUUGAACGUUACAUUGUUUGCUUUUCUUUUAUUGCCCCAUCCUGUUAACAGAAUAUAUUUAAGCAAUACAUAAAUGAAGGUUUUAUGUGCAGAAUCCAAUGUUCCCAGACACUGAAGUUUUUGCUUAAUUGUAAUUGUGACAAUUCAAAGUUGGAUUUAUCUUUUGCCGACAUUUCAAGCAUGACACCCUUACUUUUAUUGUGAAGUAGACGUGUUUAAAUAAAGUUUAAAAAACUCU